GGAGAGAGAGACAAAAGAGUAGACUUCGACUUCGAGAGGAGAGAGAGUCCAGAUAGAGAAACAGUCGCGGAAGAAUUGUCAAAUGUGACCGGUGGCGCCAGUCAAUAGUCGAUCAAUAAACGCCUCUCUCUCUCUUUCUCUCUCUCUCUCUCUGUGGACGCUGAAGAAUCCUGUUGACGAGCUCUCUGUGUUGGUUUGAUCAUAGAGUUUGAGUUCUGUUGAGGAAAUCUUUUAUUAGCUUGGUGGAGGGAAAUGGCUCAAGGCGCACGACAAGGACCGAACCAGCCACUGAUAAACCCGAAUGACCCCCAAGCAAAUCCUACUAUGUUUCCCAACAGUACUGGAACAAGGGCCGAACCAGCUGCUGAUGACCAGUCGCCACAUCAACGACAUGGAGCCCGUGGUGGAGGUUCUGGUGGUCAUCCUGGGAGACAAGGCACUGGGUCGGCUGACCAUAACAUUGACAGGUCACCGCUCCACCCGCAGCAUCAAAAGGUCGCGGAGAAAGGUAGUGCUUCUCCUGGUGGGGAAGGGAAGAACUCGUACAAAAGCAGCCAUGGUGGUGCUGGAAAAUCCAGGAUGAAACCAGCUGAUCAAGGCGAUGAGACUCCAGAUAGAGGUGCUGCUGUUCCGAAAUUCGGUGAAUGGGAUGAGAAAAACCCUCAAUCUGCUGAUAAUUUUACUGGUAUCUUCCAACGAGUGCGAGACGAAAGGCACAACGGGCCUGGAAAGUCGCCGGGUCGUGGGGGUACUCCAUCAUUUUCCAGCGCUCCGCGGAAGCGAAACACCGACGACAGUACCAAAUGUUCCUGCUUUCCAUGGGGUAGGAAAUGAGGAGUUUGCUUUUGUGCAUAUGAUUCUCUCUGCCCCAAAAUGCCUGUCCUCAAGUUCUUCUGAUGCACUCUCUCAGCCUCGCGAUUCGUAUAAUAUGGGAUUUCUGUGUCACGAGAUUCUUGUAAGUGCAUCGAGACACAGUGGAAUAGGAAUUUUUUAGGACAGAGGAUCCGCUUUGUGGCGUGCGCGUGUUUACCUUGUUGAUGUUGUAACGAGCUUUAGGUUUUUCAUUUUGAUGGGAGAACAUUUGAUUCAUAUUCUGUUUCUCGGAUUCCAACCGUGGCGUAGGCGUGCUGGCAACAUAUUUUUGAACGUAAAAUAAUUUUGGGUCAGUUCACGCUAUAUAUAUAUAUUUUUUACGAA